GAGCGAGGCAGUGCUCGACUUUUUCGUGCAGAGGAACGGGCCUUGUUCAAGCGCUAUGGAGGGCAUCGUUAACCGACACAUUUAAGCCUUGUCCUUCCUACUAUGCAUAACUCUGGUAGCGCUCCAAUCAAGUUUCAAUCGCUUCUAAGCCCUCCCCAUACACCUUGUAGGGCCGCUCGCUCAAAAAGUGCAGCGACUGUCGAGCAUUGAUAUAUGGCCAAACUUUCAUGCGCUCCUUCAGAUGCACCAUCCGCCGAUCCACCUUCUGAAACGCUCCAUGUGACUUUCCUCCACCUGGAUCUGGGAAUUGGGGGGGCGGAGCAGCUUAUUGUGAAUGCUGCCGUGGCCUUGCAGCAACUGGAGCAUCACGUCACGAUAUGGACCACCCACCAUGACGCCUCCCAUUGCUUUGGUGAGACCCGGGGCGCCGGGUCAUUGGCUUCCCACAUCCAUGUUGCCGGUGAUUGGCUUCCUAGACAUGUACUUGGUCGCUUUACGGCCAUGUGCGCGGUGAUCCGUAUGCUCUAUUUGGCAUUGGUAGUUUGGAUAUCGACGUUGAGCUUGAGGAAAUCAAGCUGCCGACAUUCAGAGCGCAAGAAGGGACAAAUUGAUCGUCGCGUUGAUGUUGUAAUAUGUGACGGCGUUUCGGCCAUGGUCCCUUUACUGCGUUACGUUUGUGGCUUCCCAGUGUUGUUCUACUGCCAUUUUCCAGAUAAACUUUUGUGCACUAACAGGGCCUCGGUUUGGAAGCGAUUCUACCGCGCCCCGUUGGAUUGGCUGGAGGAAAAAACAACUGGUGCAGCAACCCUGAUAGCUGUCAAUAGUCUCUUCACUGCAAAGAUCUUCGCGGAGACAUUUCCUCGUCUCCUUUCUCGGCACCCUGCUCCUGCUGUCAUACACCCAGCCAUUAAUUUAGGAAGAUUUGUGCCACCUAAAGCGGGAGCGUCCGCGUUCCCCACACAUGACGCUACUCAGGAAGAGACAAAAGGAGCGGUCCGGAAAGAGGAUGCGCUUCGUCCUUUCGUCUCCCUCAAUCGUUUCGAGCGCAAGAAGAACAUCGGCCUUGCCCUAGAGGCUUUGGCCUUGCUGCGAACCCGCCUCGAGACCGAUUGGGCCGACGGACACGUGAACGGCUCAAGCUCCCUUCGACUCGUCAUUGCCGGAGGCUACGACGAGGCGGUGCGGGAGAACAGGGAGUACAUGGACGACCUCCAAGCGCGCGCCUCUGCGUUAGGGGUGGCAGAGAGCAUUUCAUUUCAGCCCUCGAUUUCAGAUUCCGAGCGGGCCGCGUUGUUACAAG